AAACACCCGAUCGAUUUUUGUUCUUACUCUUUGGAAUUGCUAAACCCCACGGCUUCACAACGACGGCGAAGCGUCUCCUCUGACAUCGAUCAAUAAUGACAUUCAAGCGAAGGAACGGAGGACGCAACAAGCACGGCCGUGGCCACGUGAAUCCCAUCCGCUGCUCCAACUGUGGAAAAUGCUGCCCUAAGGACAAAGCAAUCAAGAGGUUUCUGGUAAGAAACAUUGUCGAGCAAGCAGCUGUUAGGGAUGUCCAGGAAGCCUGUGCUUUCGACACAUACACCCUUCCCAAGCUCUAUGUGAAGAUGCAGUACUGUGUAUCUUGUGCCAUUCACUCCAAAGUGGUGAGGGUGCGCUCCCGAACUGAUAGAAGGAAUCGCGAGCCACCUCAGCGAUUCAGGCGCCCAAGGGAUGACAUGCCUAGGCCUAGCCAGGGUCCUCGUGUUGGUGGACCGCCUGUUGCAGCACGCCCGUAAUUACUUCCUGCACUGAGUUUUCUUAUUUGAUUUUGAUCGAAUCAAACACUGUAUUUAUACUUGUUAGAUUAUGGGGUUUUUUGACAUCCAAAACAUGCUAUCCCAAUCUCUGUUUUUGA